AUGGUGGGUGAAACAAGAGACAGCAGCAGUGUGAUGUGCCAGGGCCAGGAGGUGCUGGGAAGCAGCUUUGGCAGUGUCAUUGCUUGGAGAGAGACAAAUCCCUGCGUCACUGCAAAGUCUCAGCUGGUUUGUUCUGCAACAAGGUUUUAUCUUUCUGAAAUGAAGAUCAAUUGGUACAAAAAUGGGCAGGAGGAGAUGGACAAAGUUAUAUACAAGGCCAUUCUCAUAAAUAGAAGUUAGUCUUUCCAGAUCCUGGUCACUUUGGAAGUCACUCCUAAACAGGGGUAUGUCUGUUCUUGCCAGAUGGAGCAUGUCAGCCUGGCAGUGCUGAUCACCAUGACCUGGGGAUCUGCUGUGAGCAAGAAGGUGACUGGAACGCUGGGCUUUGUGCUGGGCUUAGGCUUCAGUGUGGUGAUAUUAGUUGUCUCUCAGAAGAAAAAGAAAGGUGAAUUAUUCAUGAACUAA